GAGUCAAAAAUUAGGCCUUAUUGUUCAAAGUGAAAUGCGACACAAUCGUUAUUUUGUUCAACAAAUUCCAGAUCCGAAACUACAUUCGCGUUUCAAAAAUCGGUUAUUAGACAUAGCUGCGUAUUUAGAACGUGGAAACGUUUCAAUGGAGUUUAUAGAAAUGUUCAAUAAUGGUUUAAUGGGUAAUACACUUAGAGAUUCCACUGACUACUGACUAGUGACAAUUUCAGAUCUUUAAGUGAGGGUAUGAAUGCAUUCUAUUUAGCUGAUUUAGUUGUUCGAGAUUUUGGCACACACUGCAUAAAUUCGAUUCAUGUUGGCGCAGUCUUAGCAAAAACCGAUACUUUGGACACAAGUUCAUUCAAUGUUAAGAAAGAGGACAGAUGGCGAUUAGGCACAUCAGCAACAGUUAGUUUUGCGAAUCUUUUCAACUUUAAACUUGAAGGGUCAACUAAAAGUAAUGUAUCCACAGUUGAGAAUUAUGAAAGUACAGUAACCUUCAGUCAAAUUACAACUUAUGGUGGUCCAAUAAUACACAUGUCCAGUGUUAAUUUAUCAUAUUGGGAAGCUGAUUUAGACAACCAAUUAGUUGCUAUCGAUCGAAGUGGACAACUAAUUUAUGAAGUUAUAACAGACAGAUCACUGCCUGAAUUACCCGGUCACAUGAUAUUACGUUUAACUGCCACACUGAAAUCAGCUGUUGAAAGAUAUUACAAGGCUAAUACUGUGGUUGGUUGUAUGAAUCCUUUAUCAGCAUUCUAUGAUAAUGAAGCCAAUGUAGCCUCUACAGAAUGCGAUAUACACAGUAAACAAACAAUGAAUUCAACCUUGUAUCUUGGAGGUGUCUUUCAAAAGUGUGUGGGUCCAGAUGAUUUGUGCAUCAGUGAAGUUAUAGCGAAUCCACUUACUGGUGAUUUAACCUGUCCACAUGGUUAUAUACCUGUACAGUUGUUACCACAACAAGUUAGAAGGUGUUAUAGUGUAUGCAGUGAGAAAUCGUGGUUCAAAAAUCCUGAUUGUACAACUAACUGUGCGAUUACAGAAUCAUAUUGGUGUUCACGUGAUCCAUCAUAUUUCCUACCGGAUAUCAAUGAUAGUGGUUACUUAUUUGGUGGACUGUAUACAGAUAAAGAGGUGAAUAGUUUGACCAAACAGUACAAUUGUCCACAAUAUUAUUGGCCAAUAGCACUUGGUAGACGUAUGCGUAUCUGUCUAUCAAGUGAUAGAGAGUUAGCUGGAAAACAUUCACUACCAUUUGGUGGAUUCUAUAGUUGUUAUUCUGGAAAUCCCUUGACAGAUUUAAUCACUAAUAACCAAACUAGUAGUGGUGAUGGUACAUCAAAAAGUGCAUCUCUACCAGAUUGGUUCAAGAGUCAACAACAGGCAAAGUUUUCACCAAAUAAUAAUUCACAACAGAAACGUCUUUCGACUUCACCAACAUCAAGGGAAGAAAGUAUCAUUCCCUUCAGUGGGAAAUCUACGCAGAAUGAUUAUUCACAAUUAUUUGCAAUCUUCUGGCCAAAAAGAUGUCCAACUGGAUAUACAGCACAUUUAGCUUCUAUGGAAGAUAUAUGUCAAGUUAACUAUUGUGUUCAAGCAAACUUAUUACAAGAACAAAGAAAACGUCAACUGAAGCGACCACCAUUCGUAUUACCAUUCUCAAAGGAUCCACAUUUGUUUAAAUUAGCUGACUCAAACAAUUUCAUUGGCUCAAGUUCAGAUGCAGUACAUGAUGCAAAUGGUAAUAUGAUAAGGAAAAUUAAUGGUCGUUGGGAGGAAACAAAUCAAUUCAAUAAUGAUUAUAAGUAUAAUAGUGGUGAUUCAAAAGAUAAUCAGCAUGCACUCACUGUCACUCUUGCUACUUUACUUCCAAUAAUCACUAUUUUGGUAAUCAUUGUAUCCAUACUUUUGUUCUUUUACGUCCGUCGGCAGAGAUUAACUGCAUAACUAUAUAAAUAAAUAAAUAUAUAUAUACCAGUGUGAAAGCAGAAGAGGGUGUAGCUUGUUUUUAAAUGAACCGGUUAGUCUUGGAUACAAUCAAUAAAUCACGUGAUUCUAUUAUGAACGACAUUCUUUUUUGUGGAGAAAUACUGUGAAGUUUAUUGAACAUAUGAUUUAUUUGAUAGUUUCUGUUCCGUAUUCAAAAUAUAUUUUUUGACCAAAGAAAAA